UUGGCGUUGGCGGGGAGGGGCGUGGUUUGACGGCGAGCGUCCAACAUGGCGGUCUAGCUGAGUGCUUUUGGCCUUCUACGUACAGCGAGCGUCACAUUUACGUUUCAUUUGACUUCUUUUCUUUUGCUCUCGGCAACUUUGAGACAUUGACGAUGGACAUGGACAUGAAGAAGAGGGUCCACUUGGAGCUGAAGGACAGAAGUCCCGCUGAGGUGUGCGUGUUGGCCUUGGACACAUGUCGUUCGGGCGAUGGCGAGGUGGAUGGCGUGACAGAGGAGUUUUCGAGUCUGGAGGUUCUGCGCAUGGCCAACGUGGGCCUGAAGUCCCUCUCCAAACUGCCUUCGUUACCCAAACUACACAAGCUGGAGUUGAGCGGCAACGCCAUCUGUGGCGGUUUGGAGGCACUGGCCGAAAAGUGUCCCAACCUGACGCACCUCAACAUCAGCGGCAACAAGAUCGCCAACAUGGCCGCCCUGGAGGCUUUGGAACCCCUAAAGAAGCUGAAGACUUUGGAUGUGUCGGGUUGCGAGGUGAGCACGCAGGACGACUACCGUGACGCUGUCUUCCGCCUCCUGCCGAACGUCAGCUAUCUGGACGGAUAUGAUCGCCACGACAACGAGGCACCGGAUUCGGACAACGACGAGGAUGAUGGCGUCGGUCCACACGGUGGGAAUGACGAUGAUGACGACGAUGAUGAUGAAGAUGUCUCGGAGGAGGAGGAGGAAGAGGAGGAAGUCGGACUGUCAUACCUGAUGAAGGAAGGCAUCCAGGACGAGGAUGACGACGGCGACUACGUGGAGGAGGAGGAGGAGGACGGGGAGGAGGACGAUGCAGAUGGAGACGAUGAGGCUCUCCGAGGCGACAAGAGGAAGAGAGACGACGACGAUGACGAAGACGGGGAUGAAGAUGACCAAUAGUUGAGUGCCACCAGGCCCCGCCCACUUUUUUUGCUGACUUCGAGCCGUGUCCCCUCAGUGGCACAGGAAACGCAGUUGGUGAUCAGCUGGUCCUGGUCUGGUCUUGGUCCUGGUUCUGGUGUGUAAAUACAAGUGAACUCUUUUAACUUUGGAAGUCCCACCAGUUGAUUUUUUUUUUUCUUUAUGGUGUUUUUGUUGUUU